GAAGAUGCUUAUUUGACAGCCUUGCAAAAUUUUGAAGCUGAAGAAUUUUAUGAGAACAUUUUGGGUGAUUCAUUACCACUUGCCAUGGCAAACGUUUUGCACAUUCCAGUUUUUAUUUUAACAGAUCUAGCCAACAACCCUUUAAUUAUUGUGACACCAGAAAAUGAGAGUGACAUGGAGCAAAACACUGUCAUUCGUUUAUCUUUACAAAAUUCAUACGUCUUAGCUGAGCCCCAUUUUGAUAGUUUGCUUACUAUGGAUUAGAAUAUUGAUAAAAAUGAGACAACUGAAGGAAAAAUCACAAUCACAUGUAGAUGACAAUUAAAAUCCUGCGUUGUCAAAUGAUGUCAAUGUUAUGCGUCUAAUUGUAAAUGUGGUAAUAUGUGUAGAUGUUUCAACUGCAAAAAUGGUAAACGUAAAAUUGAGGAAACUAUCCCAUUAAAAAGGCGUAAAAAAACAUCAGCAAAUAUUACUCAUAAUUCUUCUGAUUUUAUGGUCAGCAACAAACAACCAAUAAAAGAAGGAAGGUUUAGCAAUAUAGAAUACUUAAUUCUAGCAAGUGUGUGUUUAUUUGUACUGGAUAUUAAAAAAGAGAUUGAUUUUGACGUUGUCUAUGACAUGUAUAAAGAUUGUAUUGUAAAACUGAAUUCCACCCUAAGAGGUGACUAUUUUCCUAUCAGGGUACAAUCCUACAUCAAAAGGUUUAUCAGCUCUUUCAAAAAGAGGCAGAGUGUAUACAUUACAAAAAGCUGUAGAGUAGAAGCAACGAUAAUAAAAUACUGAUUCAUAUCAAUAUGAUUUACCUGACAAAUAUAAUACAUUACAACAUAAACUGAUAUCUAAAUAAUCGUGGUGUGUUUGUAGUAUAGUAUAUAAUGAAAUGAAAGUUAACAAAUUUUCACUGCAUUGCAGUUUGGUAUUGUAA